AUGGGGUUGUUAAAGAAGCUAGACGAGGAAAUUCAAAACGUAUUGUGCGAGGGUGACUCGAGCGAAGAGGUCCUUUUGGAGGACAUCGAAAGUGCCGCGAAGGUUCAGGCAGAAAUGCAAGAGGCGGUGUUGAUGAUAGAAGAAGUUUUACAAAACGAAGACACGACUUCGGAGUCGUUGAAUACGAGCCAACAGUCGCAGCAAGCACCGAGCGUGGCGACGGGAACGUCAAGUCGAGCGAGGCUACCAAAACUCAAGGUGAAGAAGUUUUCGGGGCGAAUCCACGAGUGGCAAGAGUUCUGGGAUAGCUUUAAGAGCGCUAUCCACAACAAUGCGAAUCUAUCGGACGUAGAUAAGUUUUCGUAUCUUCGAGGAUUAAUUGAAGGACCGGCCAGAGCAACGAUUGCGGGGUUUUCCCUUACAGAGGAAAAUUAUAACUCAGCAGUGGAACAUUUAGAACGUAGAUUUGGAAAGCCAGUGGCAAUCGAACGUGCCCACGUUAGCGAGUUAUUGAAAGUUGCGGCAGUUCAUUCAGAGAGAGACGUACGCGGGCUUCGCACAUUGUACGAUAUCGUGGAAACGCACUACCGUGGAUUGUCGGCCUUGGGAGUGGACGAGAAUACGUACUCAGGAAUAGUCGUACCCAUCCUGCUUGAGAAAAUUCCUGACACGGUGCGACUAACGAUCACGAGAGGGAAAGAAUACUUAAACUGGACAGUGAACGAUAUGUUAAAAGCGCUCCUGGCUGAGGUCGAACUGCGAGAGGACUAUCGGUUGACACCUACUGCGAAACCAUUGGGCAGUGGGGGGAGAAGAGAUCAGUUCAGCGCCAACGGACUACAUGUCAACCGGGACGAUAGAUGUGCCUUCUGUAUGGGGAAACACAGCCAUGAAAACUGCAAAAGAGUGACGGAUCUGAAGGAACGAAAAACGAUAAUACGUAAGUUUGGACGAUGUUUUAAAUGCUUAGAAAAAGGGCAUUGCGCCCGUGAUUGUAGAACUGGUAGUAAAUGUAAGAACUGUAAGGGGGGUCACCAUACCGCAAUGUGUGAAGCUAAGAUGAGCAGGCGCAAUGAAGAAGAGCCUGCGCAAGAUGAAACUGAGGCAGGCCAGGAAACUACAUGUACGUUAGUAGAAAGUAAUAGUAGGAUUGCGCUCCUACCGCACAGGCCUUAA